UUUUCAGCGUUAAAAUGCACACAUAGAACCAGUAACUUUGGACUAUCGAAAAUUAUCGUUUCACUCAGCGUUUGCAUACAAAGGCACGGCAAUGCUGAACACAAUAAAUUAAUAAGCUGCAUAUAAUAAGCAUAAUAAUAAAAAUAGACAAGUUAAUGCAUUGUUUAUAUGAACAAGAAGGAAAAACGUUGGUCCAGCAAACUUUGACCACGUGUGGCUCAAUCAUCGAUAGAAACUAUCGAUAGCGAUUUAUUUUUACAUACCACCUCACGCGAGUGCGAUUGGAUUUCAUUAUAAUUUGGAACAGGGAAUUGCGAAAAUUAUUGCAAGCAUGGCCGAAUUAGACGAUUUUUUUGCGAAAAAGGACAAGAAGAAGUCCAAGACCAAGAGCAAAUUUGUGACAGCCGAUGAGCUAGUGAAGAACCUAGAGGAGUGCACGAAGCGUGAGGUGGCGGCCAAUGCUGUCAAACCCAAAAAACCUGAUGUCGCGACAGCAGCGGCUGGCGGCGUGGCAGAAGGCGGCGAAAACGAGACCAAUAUCAAAGCGCCGGAGCCCGUGGUCGAGGUCGUCGAGGAGGAGUGGAAAGAGUUCGAGCAGGAGCAGCGCAAGGAUUACAGCGGCCUCAAAAUUGGCCAGCUGACCAUCACCGAUAGGCAACACCAGCAGCAGCAGCAGCAACAGCAUCAACAACAACAUCAUCAUCAGUCCGAUGAUGUCUAUGACGAGGAUGACGAGGACAGCGACGGCUAUGCCAAUACGGAUCCCAACAGCAAGCGUAGCGGCUAUGGUCCAUGGAAAAAGCUAAUACCUGCCGAGGAGGUAACCCAAAUACCGGUGCCGGUGGAGACGGACAACAAGUCAGCGUCGAAAAUGUAUAUUUCACCCGCGUUACGUGCUGGCCUAGCCGGCAGCGGGAUGGGCAGCGGCGGCGGUGGCAGCGGCAUGCGUGCGCGUCGCACGGCGCCAGAUAUCACCAAUACCGAGUUCUUUCCAACGCUCAAUGCAGCCCGGCCGGAGGAACAGCGCAAAAAGAAAAAUGAACCCGCCUUCGAAGAAGUCCGUCACGGUGGUCGCUAUCAGCGAGUGCAGGAGGCAGCCGCUGCGCCCGUUGCGGCCACCAAUCGAUUCCAGUCGCUCGACGAUGAGGCCGACAGCUAGGCCACGCCCAUUGUUGUUGCCGCCACCGAUGCCGAUGCCGACGCCACAAACAAACAAAAGAACAAUUUACCGUAUUCAUCUUAUGUGCUACACUAUACAGUUGCCACACACUGCAGCAAGGCGCCAGUUCGGGUCGCCAGCUAAAAUGCGCGUGCGGGACCUGGAUGUGAGAUUCAGCUAUACCAAUUUAUAACGAGUUCUUUUCUCUGUAUGCAUAUAUACAUAAUUAUUGUAAACACUUUUCUAGGCUUUUCGAUUUUUACCCAUACUACCCCGGAAACAAAUAUUGUUCAUUUCGUUUGCAUUUUUGAAUUAUGGAAUCAAUGUAAUAGAGAGAGAGAGAGAAAGUAUGAAUAAUAGCCAUGCGUUGAAAUCCUUUCUA